CUCUCGCGCUCGCGCCCGUGCCAGCGCCCGUCGACCGGCCCUAUUUCUCCCAUAUUCGCUAACCGACUUAGCGCAGUUCAUGUGACCCGCCUACCCGGGCGGUUUCUCGUGGACGUUGUCUCUGAGUGAUCGAGCAUGGCAGCUGACGUGGAGGCAUUCACCGAGCUGGCCUUGGCCAUCUGCCUCAUCGGCGUCCGAAUCUACGCCCGAUGGGUCCAGGUCGGACCCGCGAACUGGCAGGCGGACGACUACCUCAUGCCAUUAUCCGGGAUCAUUUUCGCCCUCGAUAUCGUGGCUGCGUAUCUCGUAGUGGCUCUCUUCGGCGGUCUUACCAAUUCGUACAUGACAGAUGCGGAACGCGAGAGACUACACCCCGACGACCCUGAAUAUUUCAAUCGCCAGUGGGGAUCCAAGAUACAGGUCAUCGGUUGGUCCCUGUACGCAUUCGGACUCUGGACCCUAAAGUUCUGCGUCGCGGUAUUCUACGGACGACUGACAACUGGCUUGUCGCAUCUGAGAUCCCGUGUCCGCAUUGCGUAUUUCUUGUUGGGAUUCACAUACCUCAUCGCCGCUCUUUCGAUCCUUCUGGGGUGCCAGCCGUUGUCAAAGAACUGGCAGAUAUACCCCGAUCCCGGUAACCUCUGUCAACCGACAUUAUCGAAGCUGAAUGUGUACGGGGUCGUAAUACCAGAUAUUCUGACAGACCUCUAUCUCCUAUCCAUUCCUCUACCGCUCCUCUGGGUGGUUAAUAUCGGCCUCCGCCGCAAACUUUCGCUGAUGGCCCUGUUCAGCGGUGCCGUCUUCGUCAUCGCGGCCGCCUUAGCUCGUGCUAUUACCAUCUUACAGGCUGGUCCUGAAGGUGCUAUAUCUGGGAGUCAAUGGGCCUGCCGAGAGGUGUUCGUGUCCAUAUUCGUCACGAACCUCCCAGUCAUCCAGCCAGCGUUACGCAAGGCCGCGAAGAAAGUUGGUCUGAGUGGACUCUUCAGCAAGUCGACAAAGAGCAGCGCGAGCCAUCCGUCCGGGGCCAACACAGUGGGAAGCGCCGGUAUUAAGCUCUCGCGAAAGAAAGGCACGCACCCGCUCUCCCUGCCGCAGACCACAAGAUGGGGAAGCGAUGAGCAGAUCCUCGUCCAGAGCGCGCCAAGUGCCCUCUCCAAGUCGCCGCCUUCGGACUCGAGGGAUAUCUUCGUCUCCCGGGAAUUCACCGUGACGACAAAUAAUGCAUAAUAUCCCUAUACAAGGGAACACGGGAGAGCGGUAAUGGCAUAGGACAAAAGCUACAUAUUACUAUACGGCUCUAUGGACGGUGGGCAAGAGAUGCUCGCUGCUCGCUACAGCCUUCCUUAAUACUGUAUUUAUAACCUACAACUCCAUGUCGAGGGCAGCAAUCGUCCGCUACGAUGCCAUGUAUAUAUGUUUUGGUAUCACGACUGGGCAGCUGUGUUUCUUUUCGAAGCAUUCGUCCCCGGAACGAAGUGUCACGAUGCCCAUUCGGGAUCCUUCAUGCGUUAGAAA